AUGGGCGUCAUCAAAAAGAAGACGGCCGUGCGGAGCACCGAGGGCGGCGUCAAGUACGUGUGCGACGUGUGCUCCGUCGACAUAACCGCCACAGUCCGCAUAAGAUGCGCCAAUCCCGCGUGUAAUGAGUUCGAUUUGUGUGUUCCGUGCUUCUCCGAGGGCAAGACGGCGCGCGACCACGACCCUCGCACCCAUUCGUAUCACGUCAUCGAGCAGCAUUCCAUACCCAUCUUCACCGAGGACUGGGGCGCCGACGAGGAACUGGCAUUGCUGGAGGGAGCCGAGACAUAUGGUCUGGGGUCAUGGGCGGACAUUGCAGACCACAUCGGCGGCUACCGGUCCAAGGACGAGGUCCGCGAUCAUUACAUCAACACCUACAUCAAAAGCUCCAAAUUCCCUCUCCCAGAACAUGCAAGCCCCGAAGAUACUCGCCUCAGCGAUGCGGUGCCCCGCGAGGAGUUCCAGCAGAGGAAGAAGCGCAGGAUCGAAGAGCGCAAAGACGCGGCUAAGAAUGCAACUCCCGCCACGCCGAAGCAGAAGCCCACAGCUAGUGUGCCUGCAUGCCACGAAGUCCAAGGUUUCAUGCCUGGCCGUCUUGAAUUCGAGACCGAGUACUUCAACGAAGCCGAAGAAGCCGUGCAGCACAUGCAAUUCGACCCCGGCGAUGGUAUAAAUCCCAAGACGGGAGAGCUGGAGCCGGAAAUGGAGCUCAAGAUGACCAUUAUGGAUAUCUAUAAUGCCCGUCUUACGGCCCGUGUCGAGCGGAAGAAGAUCCUCUUUGAGCACAGGCUUCUUGAGUACCGCAAGAACCAGGCGCUGGACAAGAAGCGGACAAAAGAAGAGAGGGACCUGCUCAACAAGGCCAAGCCGUUUGCUCGGAUGAUGAAGCAUGAGGACUUCAAGGAAUUCUGUGACGGUCUCGAGUACGAGCACAAUCUUCGACAGGCGAUCGCGCAGCUUCAAGACUGGAGGCUCAUGCAGGUCACAACCUUGAAGGCCGGCGAGAAGUACGAAGCCGAGAAGCACUCGCGGCUGACGAGAGGACCCCCUGUCGGCUCGUUCGACCGGUUAGCGACCAAUCGCAUUAACAAGCCCACUCUGCCUCAGGAGACUACGUCUGCCACGUCCGCUCUGACAGCCCCUGAUCUGCCGCUCCGAUCCGUCAACGGACAGCCGACCCCACCAAGUUCUGUUCCCCCAGCGGACAAGCCCCUGACGAAUGGGAACGCGAAUGGGGUCGUCCCGCAGCAAAACAAGCAGAAGUUCCAGGUCCAGCCCAUCCAGGGCCUUUCGUCGAUGAAGCUGAACGACGAGAAUGCAGCGGACCUGCACUUGCUCCUACCGGAAGAGCGGGAGCUGUGUGCGGCGCUGCACCUCAAGCCCAAGCCGUACAUGGCCAUCAAAGAUGCGCUCAUGCAAGAGGCCAUACGGCAGGGUGGGAGCAUGAAGAAGAAGGCGGCAAGAGAGAUAUCGGAUGGAUUGCAAAAGCAUAAGCCUGCGUCGGCCGUCGAGAGCCACGAGUGCGUGCUGGAUACCCUGGCGUUCAUCCGGAAAGGGCUGCGCUCGAAAGGAGUGUAG